ACUUGUCCACUUUAAAUUUUACACGAAGUAUCAAUGAAAUUGUAUUUCAGCCGUUAAUUUCGUUGAUAACAAAAAAAAAAAAAAAUCAAAAACUGAUGAUUCACCUUUCUUCCCCAGAAAUCUAGAGAUUCUAUUCACCUCCAGUUGAGCUAACUAUGGCUACUGGCCUUCACCAGCAAUGUAUUAAUCCAUUAUUUACACAAUCUCUUCACCGGAAGAAUCAGAACUACAGUUAUUUCUGCAACUGUACUAAUCAACUACGAAAUAACAACACUAAUUGCUCAGCUCGACUCCGAACUACACUACUCAAAUCAAUUAAUGAAAAAAAUCCUAAAACCUUAUCCCAAAAUUCGAUAUCUAACUCAAAUUCUGAUUCCGGAGAAAGUCGGGUCAAGAAUCCGGACCCUGACCCGGAUAUUCCAUCCUCAUCUGCUUCAUCACUGUGGGAUUCAGUCACUUCCCAGCUAGAAGUGCUGAAAUUUGAUGGAAUUGGAUGGGAUAUUGUGUCGAUUGCGUUGCCCGCGGCGUUAGCUCUUGCUUCUGAUCCCAUUACUUCACUUGUUGAUACUGCAUUUGUUGGACAUUUAGGAUCUGUUGAAUUGGCAGCAGUAGGUAUUUCGGUAUCAGUUUUCAACCUCAUCUCGAAAUUGUUCAAUGUUCCUUUGCUCAACGUCACAACUUCUUUCGUUGCUGAAGAGCAGGCAUUAAUUGCUAAAGAUAGUUCACCUGAUUCACAAAGCAAGAUAUUACUUCCUUCAGUAUCAACUUCUUUACUACUUGCCCUUGGCCUUGGCAUUGUGGAAGCUGUUGGACUUUUUGUUGGCUCCGGUUUCCUGAUGAAUACCAUGGGUAUAUCUGUUGAUUCACCGAUGCGUGAACCAGCUGAGCAAUUCCUUACAAUGAGGGCAUUUGGAGCUCCACCAGUCGUUAUUGCACUUGCUGCUCAAGGAACAUUUCGUGGAUUUAAGGACACAAAAACUCCUUUAUAUGCUGUUGGAGCUGGUAACUUGCUAAAUGCAUUAUUAUCUCCAAUUUUGAUUUUCACCUUUGGUUUUGGCGUUAGUGGUGCUGCGAUUGCUGGUGUGAUUUCUGAAUACUUGACUGCUUCUAUCCUUCUGUGGAAAUUAAACGGGAAAGUUCUUCUUAUUGCUCCAGACGUUAACGUGGGAAGAUUUCCUCAGUAUCUUAAAUCUGGUGCACUUCUAAUAGGGAGGACUUUAGCACUUCUAAUUACCACUACACUGUCAACGGCUCUGGCAGCACGAGAGGGCCCCGUGCCUAUGGCUGGUCAUCAGAUAUGUGUUGAAGUUUGGCUAGCAGUAUCUUUGUUAACUGAUGCCUUGGCACUUGCCGGGCAGGCUCUCCUUGCUGGUGGCGUUUCUCAAGGUAAUUAUAGCCAAGCACGCGAAGUGGUUUAUAAAGUUCUACAGAUUGGUGCAUUGACAGGAGUUGCCUUGGGUUUUAGCUUGUUCGUUGGUUUUGGAGCACUCUCCGCCUUAUUCAGCACGGACUCUGAAGUUCUGGAAAUUGCCAAAUCUGGUACUCUGUUUGUUGCUGGAUCUCAGCCAGUAAAUGCCAUUGCCUUCGUUCUUGACGGGCUCUAUUAUGGUGUUUCGGACUUCGAAUUUGCUGCAUAUUCUAUGUUUGUGAUUGGAACAAUCUCCUCAAUCUUCUUGCUUGUGGCUGCGCCAUUGUUCGGUCUUCCUGGUGUCUGGGCGGGACUCUUUCUCUUCGUUGCCUUGCGUGUUGUAGCUGGACUUUGGAGGCUACAAACAAGAGAUGGACCAUGGAAAUUUCUUCAGACUGAUAUGGAACAGGAUAGUGUCUGACUUUCAAUGAGCAAGUGAUUGAUUCUCUAUAACGAUCGAGACAUACUCUAUUAGGCUUAUGCCAAGGAUAGCGCGAAUUGAUGAUGAUCAUACAUCAUCCAGGCAUUUGCAGAUCUUAGCAAAAUUGAACUCCUGAUAUCCGGACAGAUAAUUCUACAGUACAGGCUUGUCAAUUUCAUCAAUCUCUUUGGUCAGUCUCUACUGAGGGGUUGACGAUUUAUCUUCGAGAUUGCUAUUGUAGAGGUUUGAAGAAUCCAUGAUCAAGCUACAUCAUCUCAAUGACCACUAACUUGGGAAUCUUUUUCGACUUUUUUCUCCGAUUUGUGAAAUAAUUCAAGAGAGAGAGAGAGUGAGUUCGACAAAGUGAUCCUUGUAAAGUUGAACAGUUUACUUGACAAAUGCAAAUGUAAAAAUUUCAUUCUUCGUGUGAGGAUGUUAAAUUGUGUGACCAUUUGUUA